GGGGAGGGAAGGAAAGGCAGCGGGGAGGGAGCGAGCGAGCGCCAGAGAGGCGGCCCAGGAGGUCGGAGGGGAGAAGGAGCAGCGGAUAGCGCGUGUCCCAGCCGCCGGCCCCAGAGCUCGCACCCGCGCCAGCCAUGCCGUCGGUAACGCUGCCAGCCAAGGAGAACGCGCUCUUCAAACGGAUCCUGAAAUGCUAUGAACACAAGCAGUACAGACAUGGGUUGAAGUUCUGCAAACAAAUUCUUAGCAAUCCUAAAUAUGCAGAACAUGGAGAGACCCUGGCAAUGAAAGGCUUGACUCUAAACUGUUUGGGGAAGAAAGAAGAAGCCUACGAGUAUGUGCGACGAGGCCUUCGAAAUGAUCUGAAGAGUCAUGUCUGUUGGCAUGUGUAUGGUCUCCUUCAAAGAUCAGAUAAAAAGUAUGAUGAAGCCAUCAAGUGCUACCGGAACGCUCUAAAAUGGGAUAAAGACAAUCUUCAGAUUCUGAGAGAUCUUUCUCUUCUACAAAUUCAGAUGCGUGACCUUGAGGGCUACAGGGAAACCAGGUACCAGUUACUUCAACUCCGCCCUGCUCAGCGAGCAUCCUGGAUUGGCUAUGCCAUAGCAUACCAUUUACUAGAAGAUUAUGAUAUGGCUUCAAAAAUUCUAGAAGAAUUCAGGAAGACACAGCAGGCUUCUCCGGAUAAAAUUGAUUAUGAAUAUAGUGAACUGCUGCUUUACCAGAACCAAGUGUUGCGGGAAGGAGGAAUGUAUAGAGAAGCUUUGGAACAUCUUGACAAUCAUGAAAAGCAAAUUUGUGACAAACUAGCUGUGGAGGAGUGCCAAGGAGAGCUGAUGUUAAAAUUGAACAGACUAAAAGAGGCUGCAGAAGUGUACAGGCGAUUGCUGGAAAGAAAUCCUGAAAAUUGGGCCUAUUAUGAAGGAUUAGAAAAGGCAUUGAGACCUGUCAAUGUAGAGGAGCGACUCAAUGUCUAUGAAAAUGCUUGGACAAAGUAUCCUAAAGGGCUAGUGCCUAGAAGGCUACCUCUUAACUUUUUAUCUGGUGAAAAAUUCAGAGAAGUUUUGGACAAGUAUUUAAGGAUUAAUUUCAGCAAAGGUUGCCCUCCUGUGUUUACUACCUUGAAAUCAUUGUACAAUGAUAAAGAGAAGGUGUCAAUUUUAGAAGAAUUAGUAGUUGGGUAUGAAACCUCUUUGAAAAGUUGCAACCUGUUCAACCCCAAUGAUGAUGGAAACCUAGAACCACCUACUACUAGAUUGUGGGUCCAGUACUUCUUAGCCCAACAUUAUGAUAGAAUUGGGCAGCCAUCUUUGGCCUUGGAGUAUAUCAAUGCUGCAAUUGAAAGUACCCCAACUCUCAUAGAAUUGUUCCUUGUCAAGGCCAAAAUCUACAAGCACGCUGGAAACAUAAAGGAAGCUGCCAAAUGGAUGGAUGAGGCUCAAGCUUUGGAUACAGCAGACAGGUUUAUAAAUUCCAAAUGUGCUAAAUACAUGCUAAAAGCCAACCUGGUGAAGGAAGCUGAGGAAAUGUGCUCCAAGUUUACAAGAGAAGGGACAGCUGCAGUGGACAAUCUGAAUGAGAUGCAGUGUAUGUGGUUCCAGACAGAGUGUGCUCUAGCCUAUCAGUCUAUGAAUAAGUAUGGAGAAUCUCUGAAGAAGUGUCAUGAGAUAGAAAGACAUUUUGCCGAAAUUACUGAUGACCAAUUUGAUUUCCACACCUAUUGCAUGAGGAAAAUGACAUUGAGAUCUUACGUGGAUUUGCUUAAACUUGAGGAUGUGCUUCGGUGUCAUCCUUUUUAUUUUAAAGCUGCAAAGGUAGCUAUUGAGAUCUAUCUGAAACUUCAUGAUCAUCCACUAACUGAUGAAAACAAAGAAUUGGAGGCUGAUACAGCAAAUCUUUCAGAUAAAGAGCUGAAGAAGUUACGGAACAAACAACGUCGAGCAAAGAAGAAGGCACAACUGGAAGAGGAGAAGAGGAAUGCAGAAAAAGAGAAGCAACUGAAAAAUCAACGGAAGAAAAAGGAAGAGGAUGAGGAGGAGAUUGGCACACAAAAGGAGGAGCUUGUACCUGAAAAAUUAGCAAAAGUGGACAGUCCACUUGAAGAAGCCAUUAAAUUUUUGACACCACUGAAAACCUUGGUAAAAAACAGAAUUGAAACCCAUCUCUUUGCUUUUGAGAUCUAUUAUAGAAAAGAAAAGUUCCUUCUGAUGCUGCAGUCAGUCAAAAGAGCUUUUGCUAUAGAUCCAGAUAACCCUUGGCUCCAUGAGUGUUUGUUUCGGUUCUUCAAAACUGUAUCUGAAAGUAAAAAUGUGCCUGAUGCUGUUCAAACAGUGCUGACACAGCAAAUGAGCAGGCUGUUUGGAGAAACAAAUCCAAAGAGUUUUAAUGAGGCAUUUCUAAACAAGCACUUGAACUCAAUCCCACACAGGUUAGCUGCUGCCAAAAUGAUGUACUACAAUGAUCCUUCCACUCAAAAGAGGGCGGUGGAGUUAGCUACCGGACUUGAUGAAUUUCUAAACCAGAGAGGGAUCCAGAUUUGUGUGAAAGUGCUGGAAGCUGUGCGGGAUGGUAGCCUGGGAGUAUGUAAAGAAACAGCUGAAGCCUACAGAGCACAGUGCCACAAGAUUUUUCCCUAUGCUCUAGCAUUCAUGCCUCCUGGAUAUGAAGAUGAUGUAAAGAUCACAGUAAAUGGGGAUAGUGCUACCGAACCAGAAGAACUGACCAAUGAGAUCUGAAUGAAGAUGGUGACUGAAGUGAACACAUUUUUGUCGCACACCUCCGAUGUCAGCUUCCCACUCUCGUCGACAGGAUCUGUAAAUAUGUGUCAGGGUUUCAUAAAUGCCUACAGAUCAUAGACUUUCAGAAUUGGAGGUCUUUAUUUUUAUCCUGCUGACUUCAAAAAAAAAUUAUCUGAAAUUUUGGAGGUGACUUCUGUACUAUGUGUUUCUGAAGCCCAUGUAAGUGAGAAGGUGACAUCAAAUAAAUGCACUCAACACCCUUCUUGCAAUUGGCUUCCCGGGUUUUUAAUGUAAUUUCUAAAGAAUUUUGAGAGCUGUUUUAAAAAGUUGGGUGUGACACAAAAAUGUAGUCUAACAAAUACUGUCUUGAGAUUGCCAUGGUCAGCAGUAUGCUGCCCUAGCACUGGAUCCUCUAAGCACAAACUUUGUCAGGGCGGCAGUGUCUGACAGAAUAUGAACGGAAACUACAUGCAGACCACAGGAAAUACCUUAUGUAAAUUGUGAUGUACAGAUUAAUGUACCCAGUUAAACAAAAAAGUGUUAAAAGAGGGAUAGGUAUUUGGAAUUGAAGACUGAAUGGGAAGAAGCAAAAUUAGAGUGUGUACUGACCAUUUCUAAAUUCCUUGGGAUUUUCUAACAAAAAAAACCAUAAAUUUAGUAUGUCUGUAGAUCACCUGCUGCACUACAGAACAGUUCUGAGUCUGCAUUUCCAUUUUGCUGCUUACAGCGACCUAAAGUGGCAAAUUUCAGCAGUCAGCGAAUAGAUACUGCUUCACUUUUAAAUCCUAAAACUUUGAUUGCAGUAGGAAGUGUUUGGUAAAUUAACUUGUUUCAUGUUCUAAUUUAGUUGACAAGUCUUGGACUCAGUACUGUUUUGUUAAUGCAGAUGCAGAUCGUCAUCAGUAACUACCUGACAGAUUAUGUAGAAAAUUAUACAUUGAUCAUUUGGAUACCAGUUUUUCCCUCUCUGUAAUGUCAAUUAUAGUUCUUGAAGCCCAAUAUUUCUAAGGAUACUUCUUGCUCUGCAGUUUUACUCAUGCCCCAGACUUUGUAUGUUUUUAAAAGGGGCCCACAAUUUUUGGAAAAUGAAAUUGCUUUAUUUCUGCAGUUACAAUUAAUUCCCGUGGUUCUGAAAUGCAAAAGGUACCAAAUAUACAAUGCAAUAAACUUUUUUUUGGAAAAUUGUUCUAACUGGGGUAUUUAUUAAUAUGGUUUUAUUUUGCAGAUUUCAUUUUCCAGGAGGUUUAUUUAAAAAUGUGCCCCAGCAAUUGAUUCAAAGCACUGUCUGUUACUUAUGAAGAAAAUGUGAUUUACUCCCUGUUUAUUUGAUUAUAAUUGUAUACAGCUUGUUUGUAAUUGGUCUGUCCUAAUCCUAGCUGGUUAUCCAAGAAACAUGCAUUUCAGCGCAGUUGCAUCUUUAGUUGUGAAUUCUGAUGUUACUGAUUUGACAUUUGGCUACAGAAACCAAGUAAAAAGACUGCACAAUGUUCCAUUUUAAUGUUGCAGGACUUUUGUGUUUUUUUCUAAUCACUCGAAGCAGUUAAAGCUGGAAGCUGAGGGUAUACUGUACAUCUAUCCAAAUAAUGCAGCUGUGGGUCUGUCAAGAGAAAACUUCCUAGGUUGGUAUGAAUGAUGGACUUGCUCACAGUUCACAAGCUCGGAUUACCAGUGGGUUUACGUCAGUAUGAUCUCUUUGAACCUGAACUCUUGUUAGAAUUUGGUUUGAUCACUGAGGUUUUUAGUGUUCAUGUCUUAAACCAUUUCAGCACUGAGCCUUGUGUAGGGUUUUAUUUUUCAUUGUCUUUGAGAUCCAUCCAACACACAGGGUACUGAUACAGCAUAUGAAAUGUAAAUUUUACAUUUGUUUCUGUGGUUAGUUCCAUUUUAACCACACUGGUUGUAUUCAGCAUCUAAUAAACUGGUAGUGUUUGUGUCAUUUUUGUCAUAAGUCUUAA